AUGAUCAAUGGUAAAUGCUCAAAGUUUUUCCCCAAAACAUUCCGAGAUAGGACAAUUAUUGACAAAACAGGCUUUCCAAGAUAUCAAAGAAGAGAUGAUGGGCGAACUGUAUCAAAGAAAAAUAUAGAGGUUGAAAAUUCCUUCAUAGUUCCGUACAAUCCCGGUCUUCUUCUAAAAUUUGGAUGUCACAUCAAUGUUGAGUAUACUUGCCAAACUUCAGCAAUCAAAUAUCUGUUCAAGUAUCUUCACAAGGGUAAUGACAGGGUGACAGCUGCAUUUUAUCAAAACAAUGAAUCUCAGGUAGAUGAAAUACGUAAUUAUUAUGAUUGUAGAUAUAUAUCAGCAUGUGAAGCUGCAUGGAGAUUGUUUGGUUAUCCUAUUCAAAUGAAGGAACCAGCAGUAAUAAGAUUGCCAUUCCAUCUUCCUGAUGAUAUGCCAAUUGUCUACAAAGAUACCGAUACAAUUCAGUCAGUUGUUGAGACUUCUUUUUUCAAGCAAUCUAUGUUGAUUGGAUGGUUCAAAGCAAAUGAAGCCCAUAAUGAUGCAAAAAAUCUGGCUUAUUCUGAGUUUCCAACAAAAUUUGUUUGGAAUGGAGAGCAUCAUAUGUGGACUCAUAGAAAGCAAGGCUAUGCCAUAGGAAGGAUAUCUCAUAUACCACCAAUGAAUAAGGAAGAUUACUAUCUAAGGCUACUUUUGAACAUUCAAAAGGGAUGCACGAGUUUCAGUGAUCUAAGAACAGUUGAUGGUGUCGUUUAUGACUCCUUCAAAGAUGCAUGCUAUGCUCUAAGACUGUUGCAAGAUGACAGAGAAUUCAUUGAUGCAAUCUCUGAAGCAGGAACAUGGCACUCUGCAACUUUUUUAAGGAGACUUUUUGUUGUUUUAUUAACAUCAAAUAACACGAGUAGGCCAGAUUUUGUUUGGCAAAAGACUUGA